UAUUAAAUAUCUUUCCUGCAGGGUUGCUUUGUUGGAUUUGACCUGGCUCAUGCUGUUGGGAACGUAGAGCUCAGUUUGCAUGACUGGGGAGUGGAUUUUGCCUGCUGGUGCACCUACAAGUAUUGAAAUUCUGGAGCAGGAGGCCUCGCUGCUGCCUACAUUCACGAGAAGCAUUCCCAGAGCAUUCAACCAAUAAUUACAACUAAGUAAAGGAAUUAAUGGAUUUCGGUUAUCAAAUCCUCCAAUUCUACUGGUCUGUUCUCUCCAAGCUGGUUUAGAGGUUUUUGGUCAAACUACAAUGAAAGCAUUGAGAAGAAAAUCUGUUUUGCUUACUGGUUAUUUGGAAUACCUGAUAAAACAUCACUACAGUGAGGAUAAAGCAAAUCCAGAGAAGCCCUUUGUAAAAAUCAUCACACCACCUCAGAUUGAAGAGAGAGGAUUCCAACUCACAUUAACUGUUUCUCUUCCAAUAAAGUCUGUGUUUGAGGAGCUGGAGAAGAGAGGAGUAGCUGUGGUUUCUAAAGGAACAGGAAGCCCCAAUUGUGUGCAUAAAAGAGUCCUCUUAAAUGGCAAGGAAGGGUUUACAGAAUGCACAAACACCAAGGCAGUGGCAGUAGUUUGAUGAAGAGAUGGCCAAGGUAGAGUCGCUAUUUCAUAUAUUUGCUUGUAAAGCCCAGUUUUAUUUCCAGAUCCAAUCAACGUGUCUCAACCCAACUUAUUUCAGACUGAGCUGACCUGCACAGAGCCCCUUAAGUCCUCAGUAGGUUCCCGUCUGAACCUCUGGGUAUGCCAAAUGAUGAAAAUAUGUUUCUGAAAAUCUAGUCAGUCUUUAUGAUCAUCCGAGAGACAGUUUUGCAUCAUAAGCUUAAACUUUUGUCAAUAUUUGUGAAAUAUGUUUAGAAAGCUUAUUCAGAAUUGAGUAAGUUAUAGAUCAGCAAUUUAUACUUCUUUAUAUUCCAAGUUUUUAUUACCUAAACUUACUCUGCUAAGCAUCAUUUUAUGCUUCUAGUUAAAUAUAAGUGAGAAUUGAUUGGGGCAUUUCUCAAUGGAGUUCUAUCUUUAUUUCAUCAUAAUUGCUUCAUAUUUGAAUAAUGACAGAUGAACUACUUCAUUCAAUUGCCGUUUUAAGGCUUUGAAGUCACAAUAGCAGCAAAGGAUUUAAAUUUAAAGCCAUUAUUAUGGCAGAGAAGACAUCAGGGGAGAAAAAAGAAAACUUAUAGUGGUAUAAUUUUCUAGACAGAAAAAUACUUCUACAGUUGCGCUACUUUUUUUCUUUUACUUAUUGUUGUUAUUUUUUUUCCCCUGGACACUUUGCUAACAUAAAGAGGAUCCAGCAGCACCUAUCCACCCUGGAAGAAGACAUGAUGCUAAAUGAGAGCUCACACUUGAAUUAGGUCCAGCAUACUGACACCGUGUUUCUUCUUAAUGAGUGCUUUAUUUGAAGCUGCACUUGGGAGUAGAAAGGAAGUUGGAAGAAAUACCAAUCUCUCAGCUGCUUACAUUGGAAGAGGCUCAACAGCCAUGAAUUUAGGGGCUUAUGCUUCCAGUCCUCCAGAUAUUUAUCUGUUUCUUGUCCAGAAGAUUGAGGAGAAAAAGAAUACCUUAAAGAUCUUGCAUCAGGGAACCCAGGGGUUUGGUUGCUGCAUGUCUGCACUGAUGGAACACAUCCUCUUGAGGAGCUCCACUGGCAUUACCUCUUUCUUUCUAUCUUUAUGAGCUGAGGGAGAUUAACCCAAAUGCUGGCGAUAGACACGUGACCAAGAAGUUUUCCGUUUUGUGAAACAGUUAAAACUGUUGCUGCUUGAUGACAGUUUGAGAUGAGACGGCCACGCCUGUGAGACUGUAGGUGUUUCAUCUGUCCCCUUUCAUUUCCAUCAGCUGUGCGUUAAGCUCUUCCUGCCCCUGAGCUGUACUUCAGCAGAGAUAACGUACAGCGUGGAGAAGGCUGAGAGCAAAAUCCAAUGGCAGAAAUAUUUAUGUAGGUCAACCCAGUAGCCAUGGAAAGGUCUACAACUUCUGAUAUGGCCUCUGAAAAGCCAAAUCCUUCCCACAGUACAGGAGCUGUUCAAAUGAGGAUCAAAAAUGCCAACAGUCACCAUGACAGACUAAGCCAAAGCAAAUCUAUGAUUCUGUCUGAGAAUGUGAAAGUCCUUGAGCCUAUAAAUCGUCACAGAAGAAAUCAUUCCCAGCAUAACUUAACACUUGCAGACAUCAUUAGUACACCGGACCACACGGUGGUGGAGAAAGAAGGAUAUCUUCUAAAAGCUAAAAUAGCAGACGGUGGCAAGAAAUUAAGGAAAAACUGGUCCACGUCUUGGAUUGUUCUUACUUCUCGGAAAAUGGAAUUCUACAAAGAAUCCAAACAGCCAGCGCUGGCCAAUCUGAAACCAGGAUAUAAACCUGAGUGUGUGGAUUUGUGUGGUGCUCACAUUGAGUGGACCCCAGAGAAAUCCAGCAGAAAGAAUGUCUUUCAGAUCACGACAAUGUCAGGAAAUGAGUUCCUCCUCCAGUCGGAUAUCGACUUUCUCAUAUUGGAUUGGUUCCAUGCUAUCAAAAAUGCAAUUGACAGAUUGCCAAAAGAACAGAGUUGUACAUCGAGAAAUUUGGAGUUCAAACUCAGAAGAUCCUCCAGCACUGAAUUACUGAAUAGCUUAGACACCGAAUCCAAAGAGUCAAAGCCUGAACACAGAAAAUCUUUAAUUUUCAGACUGAACUACAGUGCUUCUGACUCAAAUGACAGAAAGCGAGUUAAAAGCAGAUUAAAGAAGUUUAUCUCCCGAAGACCAUCCUUGAAAACAUUGCAAGAAAAAGGACUAAUUAAAGAUCAAAUUUUUGGCUCCCAUUUGCACUUGGUAUGUGAACAUGAGAACUCUACCGUCCCCCAGUUUGUGAGACAGUGUAUAAAAGCAGUUGAAAAAAGAGGUCUAGAAGUUGAUGGAAUAUACAGAGUUAGCGGCAAUCUGGCAACAAUACAGAAGUUACGAUUUGUUGUCAAUCAGGAAGAGAAGCUGAAUUUGGACGACAGCCAGUGGGAGGACAUCCACGUUGUCACCGGAGCACUCAAGAUGUUUUUCAGAGAGCUGCCUGAGCCGCUGUUCCCAUACUGCUUCUUUGAACAGUUUGUGGAGGCGAUAAAAAUCCAAGACAAUGCCACUCGCAUAAAAGCUGUAAAGACCCUGGUAAAAAAGCUCCCUAGGCCAAACUAUGACACAAUGAAAGUCCUCUUCGAGCAUCUAAAGAAGAUAGCAGCCAAGGAAUCCGUGAAUCUUAUGUCAACACAAAGCUUAGGAAUUGUGUUUGGACCAACACUCCUUAGACCUGAAAAGGAGACAGGGAACAUGGCAGUCCACAUGCUGUACCAAAAUCAGAUAGUUGAACUUAUGCUGAGUGAGUACAGCAAGAUCUUCGGCUCCGAGGAAGACUGACAGACAGGGCCUGUUAUUGAAAACGUUCACAUCUGUCUUGAUGUCUAAUAUUUUUACAUUUCUGUAAACAUAUUUCUGAAAUAUUUCUUUUUCUUUCAAGUGACAGAUGCCUCGUUUUGUGAAAACUUAAUGAUGAUUUUGUGUUUAAUUUUCAAACAUUGGAAUAAAAAAUAUUGUCAACAUUUGCCUAUAUGUAUUCCGCAUUAACCCUUUGAGAGUUUCAUUAUGCUAGCACUCCAAGUGUCAGUUUUUUGCAAGCUGAGCAUACAGCAUAUGGCCGAGGACCAUAGAAAAUGCUGUUUACCAACAUAUGCAAUGGCACAGAAAGACAAAGAGUAAUUGAGGAGAUUGGUGAGAAAUGGAAUAAAUAUGUAUAUCAAACGUAACAAAUUAAAACAGAUACUGCAUAGCUUAUAGGGAAUUUGAGUAUAAUUUACCUUUCCCUUUGAUAUGGAUUGAAAGUUAAAUACAUGAUGAAUUAUCAAUUCCCCUACACCACAAACUGAAAAAAGGAUUGAAUCUAAUACAUUUAAAUAAGUUACUAAAAAAAAGAAAAAGCCAACAAAACACAGUCUCGCAAUUUGCAUAACAGUGCCUCAAAAAAUACAACUGAAAUCAGAACUUUGGUGUUUUUACUGCAGUGCAGUACAUGAAAUGAAGACGUUGCAUGACUGUUCAUUUUAAUGUAACAUCCAUUUUGAUUCUUCAUCACACUGUACAGCUGCCCGCUUUCCCCAGCUAUCUCAUGUUCUGUAGCACUUGUAUUGUGCUCCUGAGGAUGCUUUAUUGGUGAACUACAUUAAAUUCAUCUAGAAAGACCUUUAAAAAAAAGCCUUUUCAUAUGCCCUUAGGAUUACUUGGCUAGACUUGAAUCAAUUUAUGCAUUUGAUGGUUAGUUUCAGUUGUCAUGGAUAAACAAAAGGGUAACUGUCUAGAAUAUAUCAAAUAUUGUUUCAUUUUGAAAUGUAUGUUUCCAGCUAUACACAUCUCCUACCCUGUUUUGUAAAAGUAUUCUGCUGAUAAAAUGUAGACUUAUGUUUGACAGCUUUUUAAUCAAGUUCAAAGAGAAUAAAUAAAACUAAUCCAGUGUGGUAAA